AUGAUGAACUAUGUCAUCUUCGGCGUCCUGCUCUUGGUGGUCGGCGGCGGUCUCAGGCCAUCUCCGGCAGCCGCCGACGUAUUCUGCGACAACCUUAAACAGGUGGCCGCCACUCUGCCCCAAAACACCUCCUCCUCCCCCGUGCAGUUCGCCACCGCCAUCGUCGGCCAGGCCCCCGACGUCGUCUACGCUCUAGCCUUCUGCCAAGGCGACUACAACGCCACUGCCUGCCGCGAAUGCGUCGCCCAGGCGUUCAAUGUAACCCCGGCGUGCAACAAGGACGGCAUCUUCUCCUACAAAGCGUGCCCGGUCUUGUACGCCGGCGACAACUUCAUCGACCCCUCCAACGCCACGGAGCAAGCUGACGACACUCCUUUCGUGAGGUGGAACAUCAACAACGUCACCGGAGACGCGGACGAUGUCCGCCUCAUCACCGGCCUCAUACGCGAGCUGCUGGUGGAUACCGUGGACAGGGCGGCCAGCACGGCGCCGAGGCGGUUCGCCACGGGCGUCAUGGACAGUGGCAGGCCCUUCCCGACGAUGUACUCCAUGGCGCAGUGCACGCCGGACCUGUCCGCCAGCGACUGCCUGGCGUGUCUCCGGCGCCUUGUUGGCAUGGUCAACUCCACCAUGGCCCUGCGGAUGGGAGCGCAGAUCCACGUGAUACGGUGUUAUUUCAGGUACGAGGCCUACUCGUUGUACGACAGCCAGCCCAUGCUUCGUGUCGGGCCGCCAUCGGUGCCGGCGCCAGCUCCAGCUCCAGCUAUAGGGGCCAGGCGCAAGAGCAAACUUUGGGUGAUUCCAGUCGUUGUAGUUCCUCUAGCAGUAGCAGCAGCAGCAGCACUCUGCUUCAUUUUCUACUCGCCUUGGUUCAGAAGGUACAGGAAAGGCGAAACGACGAUGGCAAAAGCAGGAUCUCAAGAACUGCAGGGAGAACUUGUUUUGGAUGGAAAGAAUUCAGAGUUCCGGGUGUUUGAUUUUGAACAAGUACUGGAGGCCACAAAUGACUUCUCAGAUGAAAACAAGCUUGGAGAAGGAGGCUUUGGCGCUGUCUACAAGGGCCAGUUUGCUGACGGAUUGGAGGUAGCAGUCAAGAGACUCGCUUCACAUUCAGGGCAAGGUUUCACAGAGUUCAAAAACGAAGUCCAGCUCAUAGCCAAACUCCAGCAUAGCAAUUUGGUUAGGCUCUUGGGAUGUUGCUCGCAAGAAGAGGAAAAAAUACUGGUCUAUGAAUACCUGCCGAACAAAAGCUUGGAUUCCUUCAUCUUUGAUGAAAAUAAAAGGGCAUUACUGGAUUGGUCCAGACUUCUAUCAAUAAUUGAGGGAAUAGCACAUGGGCUUAACUACCUACAUAAGCACUCCAGGCUGCGCGUCAUACAUCGGGAUCUUAAACCAAGCAACAUUCUCCUGGACAGAGAAAUGAACCCAAAAAUCUCGGACUUCGGGCUAGCGAAAAUAUUCAGCUCAAAUAACAUUGGAGGAAACACUACAAGAAGAGUGGUUGGAACAUAUGGCUACAUGGCACCUGAGUACGCUUCGGAGGGCAUCUUCUCUGUCAAGUCCGACGUGUUCAGCUUCGGCGUCCUCGUUCUCGAGAUCAUUACCGGAAAGCGGAAUUCCGGCAGCCAUCAGUGCGGCGAUUUCAUCAAUCUCAUUGGAUAUCCUGCUUCUCGGAUCUACGGACACGGCGCGGCGCCUGGCGGACGGAACGGCGGCGCGGCAGGACUCUUCUUCACCGGCGCGGCGGCCUGCGUCUUCAACAGCCUGGCAGCAGCCACGCCGGGAGGAGCUCCAAUUCGACGAAUCCGCCCAAGCCCCGCCGGGAGCAGCUCCAAUUCGACGAAUCCACCGCCGGGAGUGAGGGAGGAAGCCGCCCGGAAGGACCUGCAGCUGCCCCUUGCCGCCGGCCACAGGCUGCUUCGUGGGGGCGCCCCGCCGGGAGGGAAGAAGUCAGCCGAAUCCGCGAGCAGUUGGUCCGCGCUCUUCUUCGCGUGCCAGGGCGACGCGCUGGGGAUGGAGGGCCUGCUGCGCAGCGGCGUCGACGUCAACAGCAUCAACCUCAACGGCGACACCGCCCUCCACAUCGCCGCGUGCUAG